UCACCGAUUUCUAAAACAACAACAGUUCAAUACUCGAAAAGUAUAUAUUACAAAAAAAAAGGCAAAAAAGAAAAAAAGAACGAAGCUAUAUCAGAAGAAAGUGAUGACUCUAUCACCUCUAUGGUGCAGUCGUUAGAGGAAUCGAACUCGGAACUCUACUUACCAAAUUUUGAACUCCGACCACGUUUUCUAAAAUCUGUCAAUCAUUCGAUCUAAGAUUUAUUCAUGAAUGUCAAAGAAGAGAAACUGAUGGAGGAGGAGCAACUAUUGCCGGAGAAGACGAUCCUUGUGUUCACCAUUCUGAAAAAUGGCGCGAUUCUCGAGAACAUCUUCGUUGUGAACAGUCGCGAUUUCUCGUCGCCGGAGAGAAACGGUUCCACUGUGUGCGAUGAUGACGACGGAGUAGAAGAGAUUCUUGUCGUCGGUGGAUUUUUGAUGCAGCAUCCAUGGAGUUCCACGGUAGAUAAUGGAAUUGAUGGUGACUAUGUGAAACUUUUCCAUGAGUAUGGAGUUUCCAUUAAAGAUGUAGAGAAUCUGUCGGAUUUACCCAACCGAAAAAUUGGUGGAGAUUUGAAAAAUGGGGUCUUGCCGCACUAA